GCUCGGACGGCCGCGCGCAACAGCGGCAGCAUUCAGCGGCAGUGCGUACCCUUCCCGAGGGGUCACGACACGGGCGUCGUCGUGUUCAACUCGCAGACGCGUACGAAGACUCCGCUCGUGCUGCCGCACGGCCGCAUCGCCACGUGGUACCAGUGCGGGCCGACCGUCUACGAAGACCCGCAUCUCGGACACGCGCUCUGCUACGUGCGCUCCGACAUACUGCGCCGCCUCCUCGAGGAGUUCUUCGGCAUUGACGUUGUCAUGGUGAUGGGCGUGACGGACGUCAACGACAAGGUGUUCGAUCGCGCGCGUGAGCUUGGAGUUGACUAUCAGCACGUUGCGAAGACCUGCGAGGCACGUUUCUUCGACGACAUGGCCAAGGUCAAGGUGCUGCCACCUACAGUCGUGACGCGAGUCAGCGAACACAUUCCUCAGGUCGUCGCCUUCGUCUCGCGUCUCGUCGAUCGAGGCUUCGCGUACAAGACGCCUCGAGGCAGCGUCUACUUCGACGUGUCUCGCUACGGCCGCUACGGCAAGCUGAUGACUCACAGUGUUGAGGCGGAGGUGCGAGAAUCGCACGACCCUGAGAAGAAGCAUCCGCGAGACUUCGCGCUGUGGAAGGCGGCGAAACCAGGAGAGCCAACAUGGCGAUCUCCGUGGUCGGCGGGGCGACCCGGCUGGCACAUAGAAUGCUCGACGAUGGCCAGCGAGGUGUUCGGACGCAAACUGGACAUCCACACGGGCGGAAUCGAUCUGGUGAGCUAA